UCCAUUGGCUAUUUAUUAAGAGAGAUUACAGCGAUAUCCUUCCUACAAUAAUGAACCACAAUGGAGGCUAAAUAGGAGUUCCCACUUUUCUUAUCAAACGUGUAGUUUUACUUUGUUUGCAACCUUGCAUAACGACGCUUGCUUGAUUUACAAUUUUCCUUAGAUAAAGGAAGUGAUCUCUAUGAUUUUAAACGAUAAGAUCCUUACAGGCUAUGUAGCGAGCUAACUAAUCUAAUUUAGUCCUUCGCGAAUUCAACUUAAUCAAUAUUUUCGUUGACUGAAUUUGACCAGCCACAUCAAAGGUAUGACCGAGUACAAGCUGGUGGUGGUUGGAGCCGGAGGUGUAGGCAAGAGUGCUUUGACCAUACAACUCAUUCAGAAUCACUUCGUAGACGAAUAUGAUCCCACUAUCGAGGACUCGUACCGGAAGCAGGUGGUGAUCGACGGUGAGACGUGCCUGCUGGACAUUCUGGACACAGCGGGCCAGGAGGAAUACAGCGCCAUGCGCGACCAGUACAUGAGGACGGGGGAGGGCUUCCUUUGCGUGUUCGCAAUCAACAACAGCAAGUCCUUCGAGGACGUCCACCUGUACAGGGAGCAGAUCAACAGGGUGAAGGACAGCGACAGUGUUCCCAUGGUGCUUGUGGGCAAUAAGAGCGACCUGGGGACCCGAAGCGUGGAGUCACGGCAGGCCCAGGAGCUAGCUCGCAGCUACGGAGUGCCCUUCGUGGAGACCUCCGCCAAGACCAGACAGGGUGUGGAGGAGGCCUUCUACUCCCUGGUGAGGGAGAUCCGGCGCUACAAGGAGACGCACCGCAGCAACAAGAAGAGCAAGAAGAGCACUCAGAGAAGAUGUCACAUACUAUAGCGCUCUAAGCCAUUUUUAGUCCCAAGUCGACCAUCCCCCAUCCCCCCAUCUCGUUGUCAAGGCCCACCUUGGCGACUAUUGACAAAGGUAGCCAUGAUGCGUCGCCACCCACCCACCACCCCAGUGUCACCACCACCCCCCUACUUCACUCCAGAGUCCUCAAUGCUGUGAAACCAUAGAGCUCUUGGUUACUUUAUACUUUCUUUUUUUGGACAGUUGGAAUGUAUUUUUUUAUUUACAGUUCAUAGCAAGUGUUCUCACAGUAUGUGGGAGACUGUUACAUUAACAGUUUAUAUUUUAGCCUCAAACUAGAGUUUCAGUGUCCCUCCUUGGUGCACUUUAUUUACUUUUUCUUUUUUUUUGCCACCUCCCACUGAAGAACAGCUUGCCGUUUUAUACAGUGAGUCAUUAUUCUGUUCAUCAUACUUCUGUAUGGUGAUUCAGACUCCUACAGAAAUACACAACUUCCUGUAUACCCAACAAUUCCUGUCACCUGUCCACAUGACCAAAUUACAUUAUUGACACACUUACAAUCUAAACCCCUUUUUAUUUUUUUCUUGUAUUGGGAAGAUGUGCUGUCUUUCUAACGAAAAACCUUCCGUAGAUCAUGCUGAAGUGUAAAUUCAGGGAAGUGACGCCAAUAUCUGGUGAACCAUUUGUAAGAUAAGACAAAUCUGUGGUGUUCACAUAUUUUCCAGCUGGCUCAGUAAUUUGUUUGCCAGCCAAUUUGUUUUGGCUGGACUUCCCCUUUUAUGCUUCGAGUUUUUUUUAGGAUAACGGCCAGUCGUUUCUUUCAAAAUGCUCAUUAGCGUCUAUGAAGGAGACGUAACAAUGAACAGGGCAGGUUAAAAAAUGUACUCAAUAGGGAUACGGUAUAACAAAUUAGGCCUUUAAUUAUAUUUUCUAAGAUUUAUAGGGGUUUCGUUUUUAGAAUUGAUUGGUGAUUUGACUACCUCAGUUAUUUUACUACAUAAUAGGGCCAAAAUUGUAGACAUUAAAAAAAAUAACAAAUGUAACAGUUCCCAUUUGCCCAGUUAAAAAUGAACAUAAGCUGUUCAGUGUGUCUUUAUCUGACAAGUCUGUUAAGGCAUUUUUGCAGCGGUUGCAGCCAAGUUCAUUUUGGGGGAAUUCAUUUGUUUGAAGGUGGUCAGUCAGUUCUCACUGUCCUUAUGAUCACCGCCAGGGCUCAUCUGUAUAGUUCUAAAUACAUGACAAUGCUGAAGGAUAGUUUGUAAACAAAUGUACAUUGAUAUUCUUUAAUAAAGUUUGUUCGCUAACA